CUAAGAACCUUGGCUCCCGAGGUGGUUUGUCAUGGCCAAUCGUAGCAAGGGCCGCAGCACGCACCUUCUUGCUGUUGCUCAACACCAUAACCAAACGUCGCCAUACUUGAGCACAUUCUUAACUGAGGUGGUUUCGGAUUCAUCAGCGCGAGUUGUAUCCUCCCGUGUUGUGCUCUUGCUGUAGGCGUUUCUACCAGCGAUCGCCACGGAAUUAAGCUUCCUCGUACCUCAGAGAUGCCUUGAAGCUAUCAUCCUUGCUACGACUCAGUCCUCCAACAUCCGCUCGUUUCUUAGUACCCAUGUAAUCGGCUAAGCUCUUGGGCGUCUAGCCGCGUUAUCCCCGGCAAGUCCAGCUGAUCUUGCAGUCUUAGUUCACGACACACCCGGUGUUCUCACCGAGAUGCCACCCGGAAGGUUGAUGUGGGUUUAGAUGUGCGACGAUGGAAGGGCCGAGUUCAGUCGCAGGGCCGAUGCGAUGCGCGCGUUGCGAUUGCUCCUUCAGACGUCUGGAGCAUCUGAGAAGACAUGAGCGCAUUCAUGACGGCACAAAACGAUUUGUGUGUACGCAAUGCUUGAAAGUAUUUACCCGAAGCGACAUCUUGCACCGUCACGAAGCCACACAUGCCGCCGCAACGCAAGCUCGCAGUGCACGCGCUGUAAGUACGCGUGCUUGUACAGAGUGUGCCCGGUCUAAAGAGCGAUGCACCAAGAGCAGCCCUUGUCAACGGUGCUCGGCCAAAGGCCUUGACUGUGUCUACCCUCAUGCACGAGUCGGUCGAGAUCAAAACACAGAAAUUCGUUCUCGUAUCUCUCUUGAGUCUCCUAACUGUACUCCGAUUGAUCUCAGCGGUAUUACAAGGACUAAUUCAACUCUGCAAUCUCAGACGCAAGCCUUUGCAGGACCUGAGCCUACAAAUACACACAGUGUCUACACUUCUUAUCAGCAGAUGCUCCCGUUCGAGGUUGCCGAAUAUCCUCAAUCCCAGAUGCUACAAACGGCCACAGAAUUCCCUAUCAACUGGUUGCCCCCGGAUCCUGCGCUUGCCAUUGACUACGACAACAUUGUUGGUGUGGGUAUAGGCACAGAUGACGUCUUUACUUUUCCGAGUCCACCUGAUGACAGUAGCAAUCAGAACAACGUGCAUCAGGAGUCUGUUCAAUUGCUUUCGUCACAGCUUCAACUCAAUACUGUACAACGCGACGCCAACCUGAUUUUCGCCGACGAAUUUAGGACGAUAUGGAGCACUUUCUCUCCUGAUACGGCAGGUGGCUAUAUGUCGUCCGAAUCCCCGCAUACUAUCUCGCCCAGUGAUGCACCAGGCGGUCUGUAUGCCACCAGUAUCAAUGGCGCUAGGAUGCCGUGUACGAUCAGGGCUCGCCGAACGCAACGUCUGAUGCCUGGCGCGAAACCUAUUCGUCGUCUGCACCAACUUCAUCAUGACAGCCUCUACGAGAAUGGUGGUGGGAUGGCUUUUCCGGAUAUAAGCCAUAUCACAGUCGAUGACACAGUCGAUCCUGCCAGUGGUAGCAUUUUUGUUGCUCCUACUCUCUCAGGCUCGAUCUACGAAGAUGUGUUACAGAACUUCAACAUCCUCUGUCUCGACAAUAGUUCUAGCUUUCCUUCAUACACCAGCUCAAGGUUUCCGGACAUACGCUCGUUGAACAUGUGUAUUCGGUUGUACUUCGAGAAUUUCGACACAAUCGUCCCUAUACUGCACAAUCAAGUCACUCAGAUAAGCGACCACUGGGCUUUGGCGCUCGCUGUGUCCGCAAUAGGGUGCCAAUACGCCGAAGCUGAUGAAUAUGUGCAGAUGGCAGAGCCGAUGCACGAGUUCCUUCGAAGGGCGACCGCAGUCACGAUUAAUGCUGAGAGCAUGGCGACUGGGAGAAGCAGGCACCAUAUCGCCUUUAUCCAGGCCAUGACGCUGAGUCAGUUCGGGAUGUUGUAUUCUGGCUCACCAAAGUUGCUUAAUCUUGCAAGAGCAAAUCACAGUGCUAUGACUCAACUGGCACGAGCUUUAAUAUGCCCAAGAGCAGUGAACGAUCCCGCCUCGACAGCUACAGACGGUGCCGAUCGAGGCUCUCCAGACAGAGCCUGGAGGGACAUGCUGCUUGACGAGUGCAAGCGCAGAAUUGGCUAUGCGAUUUGGCUCCUCGACUGCAUGGGAGUGUAUCACUUUGGACAACAGAUACUCAUGUCACCAGACAUGAUGUCUGUGGCACUGCCCAACGACAGGCUUUGGCGAUCAAAGAGUGCUUCUGAGUUGCUCGUACCCCGUUCGCUGCGAGAAACUCCCUCGUUGUCGUCGGCGAUCGCAUCACUGUUCCGCGAAAAGCGAGUAAUGACAGAGCUGGGUCAGUUUGGCCGUGUGAUACUGCUUCACGGCGUCUAUCGAGAGAUAUUUCUGCUCAAGGACUGCCUAGCCAGGCCACUCGGUAGCCUCCAGCAACCGACUACAGCAGGAGAUGACGAGACCCCCACGAGCCCAUCUAUCCCUGACAGCAAUGGAAGAUGCCUGCUCAACAGCUGGCGCAACGCGGCUCUCGACUGCAUCGACGUCCUCCACUGGGCCGCCAACGGCACAAUCGCCCUGCAAGCCGGCGCCGAGCACCCCACCGUCCUGCACCUCCACCUAUCCCGCACCAUCCUCCUCGCCCCGAUCGACCGCUUCCAGACACUCGCCAGCUCCGUCGCAUCCCUCACCCAGCGCGCCCCCUCACUCCCCAGCCGCCGCCAAACCGCCGCCGCAGCCGAACACGACAUCCUCGAAUGGGCGCAGCGCGACCAGUGCAAAGCGCGCCUCGCCGUCCUCCACGCCGGCUGUCUCUUCUGGCACAUCCGCCGCUACAGCACACGCGCCUUCUACGAGCCCCACGCCGUCUUCCUCGCCACCCUGACCCUGUGGGCAUACAGCUCGUACGCGGCGCGCAGUCCCCACCGCGCCAGAGACGAGCGGGUCCCAGCAGCCCGCUCCCGAAGCCGUCCCUUUAACGACACCGACGAUGCAGACGAGGCAGAUGAUCCCCCCUCGUUCAUCCACCUCGACCGCCCCAACGACGACGAAAUGGUGCAGAUCUUCGUGCGCUCCGGCACCGCGGCGGCGAUGCGCGCCAACGUCGCGGGUGUCGGGGAUAUCUACUCCACCAAGGGGCCGGCGCGGAUUCUCAGGGAGGGCAUGAAGAUACUGGGUGCGGUGUCGGUGGCGUGGGGGAGGACGGAGCGGUAUAUGGCGGUGUUGGAGGGGCUUGAGAAGGCUGUUGUGGGGUGUGGGGGGUAG